CUGAAGACAGAGUAAAACGAGGUGCUGAGAACCAUCCUGGGAGCAUUCAGAUGGAAACACGUGUUCUCUCUAUCAGACAGAACGAACUUUCUCAUGAAAACAGAUAUUCAGGUCAUGUUUACACGCAGCUCAGCAGUCAGCAGCCAUUGUAAGGGACGGCUCAGGGUAGCUGGUUCAACAAGGUACGGUACAUGCUGGCAGAGAGGGAACUAUUACCAUGAUGGAACUGAGCCACAGUCUCACCUUGAAUGAGGAGGCUCUUGCCCAGCUCCCUCCAGCCAAGCGGCCAAUAUUUGUGUUUGAAUGGCUUCGCUUUCUGGACAAGGUUUUGGAGGCUGCUCACAAGUCUGAUAUCAAAGAAUGCCAGAAGCAACUGGUGGCGCAGCUGGUGGGGCAGAUGAACGAGUCCCCAGGGCCGCCCACACGCAAGCUGGUGGCGCGGUGCCUGGCUACCCUGUUCAGUGUGGGGGACACUUUUCUCCUCUUUGACACCAUCAACAAAUGUAAUGAUGUCCUCAAGAAUAAAGAUGACUCACCAAGCUAUCUGCCAACCAGACUUGCUGCAGUGACCUGCAUUGGUGCUAUGUAUGAGAAGUUAGGACGCAUGAUGGGACGGUCAUAUGAGGAAACUGUGCAGAUCCUCAUCAAGGCACUGAGGAAUGCAGAGUCCCAGCUGAGGAUAGAGAUCAUGAUGACCUUGGAAAAGAUCACAGCGGGCAUGGGCACUGCAGCAGGCAAUGUACACAAGGAUAUUUACAAGGCUGCCAAGAUGGGUCUCACUGAUCGGGCUCUUCCUGUCAGAUGUGCCUCAGCUCUGUGCUUAAUGGAAAUGACCAAACAUGCACCAUUCAUGUACACAACAGAGAUUGAAAACUUGUCUCAGUUGUGUUACCGUGCAUUUGACAACAGUAACUAUGAUGUUCGAUGCACUGUGGCCAAGCUGCUGGGAGUUGUACUGGCAACAACACAGAAUCCACCCAAAGAGUUUGUAAAAGGAAAUAGCAAAGGAGGCGCUGUAAAGCUGAUGUCACUUGAUGAGGCACUGACGGUCUUGCUGACAGGAUUUUUAAGAGGUGGAAACAGCUUUCUGAAGGGGACUGGGGAGAUGAUCAAAGGCUCAUCCUCAGUGUCACGUGAAGUUAGAGUAGGCAUAACACAGGCGUAUGUGGUAUUUGUGCAAGAGAUGGGUGCAUUAUGGUUGGAACGUCAUGUGUCCACUCUGUUGGCCCACCUGAUGGAACUGGUGGCCAGCCCAAAGGCCAUCACCUCCCAUGUAGAGGCUGUCUACUCACGCAAGUGUGUCAACUUUAUCUUGCGAGCCACACUGGGACGUAUGAUUGGAGAGAAAGCACAAGCAGCAGCCUGUAAAGAAAUCACUCAGUUGAUUAUCAAGCAUAUGAAUACUGUUGAUGUCAGUGGUGAGGGAACCAAGGAUGGAGGAGAAGGAGGACAGCAUGUAUUGGUUUGUCUGCUGCAAGAGCUUGGCUGUCUUAUGGAGUCACUCAGCACUACGUCAUCCACAAUAAUUCUUGAUACACAUCUUAAUUUAGUGGAUGCAGUGGUGGCUGUGCUGCUUCACCCAAGCAGUGCUGCACGACUGAAUGCUGCCUGGUGCCUUCGCUGCAUCUGUCUUGCCCUUCCCUCCCAGCUCCACCCUCUCAUCACCCGCUGCUGUGACCGCCUCGAUGCACUUAAGUCUUCCCCUGAAGCCAUUGCUGGCUAUAGCUGUGUUGUGUCAGCUCUUGUUGGGUGUGUCCAGAAAACCCCCCUUGGGAUCCCUCACAUGCGGGGAAAGGUCCUCUUCAACAUAGCUGAAGAGCUCCUCCGAUCAGCCAGCCAGAACUCCCGACUGUCUCUUCACAGAACUCAGGCUGGAUGGCUCAUCAUUGGCUCCAUCAUGACCUUGGGUGUGGGUGUUGUGCGAGGUCUGCUGCCCCGCAUGUUACUCCUUUGGAAGAACUCUUUCCCCCGUUCCAGCAAAGAGAUUGAAAGUGAAAAGGCCCGAGGAGAUGCUUUCACGUGGCAGGUUACUUUGGAGGGCAGAGCAGGAGCUUUAGCCUCCAUGCACAGCUUCCUUCUUCACUGCUCUGAACUGGCAGCUGAAGACACAGUUCGAAGACUUCUCCUGCCUAUAGAAGCUGCUCUCCUUAUGUUGUCUUGCAUUGCACACAUUGUGAAGCAGUAUGGCCAGCACCUCAAGGCAUCCACUGCCAUGGUGCGGCUCCGCCUCUAUGAAGUGUUGGCUCUUCUGCCACCUCAGUCUUUUGAAAGUCACUACACAAGUAUCCUGAAAUUGUUGGUUAGUGAGUUCACCCUUGCUGAGAGUGGUGCCAACACCACCACCUCACUUCUGCGCAGCAUGUGCCAUGCUGAUGACUCUGUCAUUCUGGGCACCUGGCUGCACCACACCCACCACAAGGCCAUUGAAGACCAGCUACAACCAAACAGUGCAAGUGGGUCUGGAGCACUGGAGCAUGAUCCAACCUACCUGUAUCGACCACUGCCAGAGGGUGAGGCCAUUGCUGGCCCCCUUCCCUUAGGUGUGGCCGUCAUAGAUGCCUCAGUGGUCCUCUUCGGACAGAUGUUUCCACUGGUGGCAAAUAAACAUCGCCUCAAGAUGUUGAAUUUGUUUGGGGACAUGAUUCGAGCUGCCAAAAGCCAGCGUCAAGAGGCUGUACAGAUGAACAUUUUUACUGCUGUGCUGAGUGCCCUGAAGAUCCUCAGUGAUAACAAGGCUUCAUUUGGCCAAGAUGAUGUUAAGAAAGCUGCAACUGCUCUUCUUCUGGGAGGCUUGAUACACCCCAACUCAACACUGCGCUGUGCAUCGGGAGAAGCUAUUGGACGCAUGGCUCAGGUGGUUGGGGAUCCACGUUUUGUUGCAGAAUUGGCCCAGAAUAGUUUUGACAAGCUGAAGAGUGCACGUGAUGCUGUGAGCCGCACUGGGCACUCCCUGGCACUCGGCUGCCUUCAUCGCUAUGUUGGAGGCAUGGGGUCAGGCCAGCACCUUAGUACCUCCAUCAGUAUCCUGCUUGCUUUGGCUAAGGACACAACCUCCCCAGUGGUUCAGGUAUGGGCUCUUCAUGCACUGUCCCUGAUUGCUGACUCUGGAGGCCCUAUGUUCCGCUCCUAUGUUGAGCCAUCCCUUGCCCUGCUGCUGGAACUGCUGCUGUCUGUUCCUCUUCACACGGCAGAAGUUCACCAGUGCAUAGGAAAGUGUCUUCAGGCUCUCAUCACUACUGUGGGUCCUGAGCUGCAAGGUACAAACAGCAGUGUGGUGAUGGUGCGGUGGUCUCUGUUGUGUGGGUGUGGCUUGGUGCAGGAACACCCAGAGCCACUGGUGCAGGCUGAGGCCAUUGCAUGUCUGCAGCAGAUGCACAUGUUUGCACCCAGACAUGUCAAUCUGUCCUCCUUAGUUCCCAUGCUUGUGAAAAAACUGAGCUGCAAUCAUCUGCUGCUGCGUCGUGCUGCUGUGUCAUGUCUGAGGCAGUUGUCACAGCGUGAGGCCUGGGAAGUGUGUGAACAUGCACUCAAUCUUGCUCAAAGUAGUGAAGAACAGGAUCAAGGGCUAGCAAUGACAGAGACAGGUCUUCCUGGCCUGCUGUUUGGACUGCUGGACACUGAGACAGACUGUGUUUUGGUGCGGCACGUCCACCACACCCUCACCUCCAUGCUGCAGGCGCUGGCCACCUCCCACCUCACCCUUUGGCUCACUCUGUGUCAGGAAGUUCUCACCAACACAGUAGAGAGCAGCACUAAUGAUGGUAAUGGUGAGAUGGGAGAGGAGAUUGCUGAUGAUGACAUGGUUCAGAUUCACACUGGAGGAGACCCUGAUCCCCACCCCACCAUUCCUCCUCGCUGGACCACCAGGGUGUUUGCUGCUCAGUGCAUUGCUAAGAUUAUUCAGGAGUGUGAAAAUAGUCGAGCUCACUUUGACCUUGCUCUAGCCCGGGAAAUGCAGGCCACCAAGCUUAAAGGAGACUACUUAGUGUUACAUUUGAGUGAGGUUGUCCGUAUGGGCUUCAUGGGAGCCACCAGUGAUAGUGAUGAGCUGCGUCUGGAAGGCCUUCACAUCCUGCACCUCAUCAUAGACAGAUUCUCCCAUGUUCCUGAACCAGAGUUCCCUGGCCAUGUGAUACUAGAGCAGUACCAAGCACAGGUUGGUGCUGCAUUACGGCCAGCGUUUGCUCCAGAGACAGCCUCCCAUGUUACUGCAAGAGCUUGUGAAGUCUGUAGUGCCUGGAUAUGUUCAGGUGUUGCUCGAGAUCUGAAUGACCUACGGCGUGUCCACCAGCUCCUAGUGUCCUCCCUGGCCAAGCUGAAUAAGGGCAACACUAAAGGCUUAUAUAAUGAAAGUGCAGCAACUUUAGAGAAACUUGCCAUCCUAAAAGCAUGGGCAGAGGUAUAUGCAGUUGCCUUAAAAGGUGUGAAUGGAAAUGAGAAAGUGGAUGGAGAUUGUGAUGAAGAUGAGAGACCUGAGAGUGAUUCAGGCAUGCAAUCAUCAGAGGAGAGUCUGCUCAGCUUGGUACAGCCAGAGUUGGUGGCUCUGUCCAAGUCAUGGCUCGCUGCACUCAAGGACCAUGCAUUGCUGUCCCUGCCCCCUGAAUUUUCCAGCCAGUUACCUCAUGAUGGGGGAGCAUUUUAUUCUAACGAAAGCAUCGAGAAUGUUCGUCCAUACUAUCGCAGUGCUUGGCCUCCCAUGCUGUAUGCUGCUGCACUCUGGCUCAGCUCUGGAGGCUUUGAUAAUGCAUUGGAGGAAGAAGAAGGAGAUGCCAGUCCCACAGCUUCCACAGUGACAUCAAGUUCAGCCUCAUCCCCGGUCAAAACACCUGAAUCUAUAAAUAAGGAUCGCUUCUAUCUUCUUUUAGGAAUCUGCCUGGAGUGGCUGUGCAGCCCUGUGCACAGUGAUGAUCCAGAGCGCAGUGUGGUGUGUCUACGGUCUUUAGAGACUUUAUUGUCUUCCCACUGGCCAGCCAAGUUGGUUGGUCCUAAUAGUAGUCUGACUUCAGAAAUUGCAACAGUAAUGCACAGACAAGUGUUAAGUUCUGACCACACUGACGUGCACCAGUCAGCAGUAACAGUUGUCACCCUCAUUGUGAAGGCUGCACAGCAAACUCUGGAUGAAGAAAAGAGAAAAAAGAACAAACAUAAAGAAGAAAAACCAGCAAAUCAGGAAUGUGAGGGGUGUGAGGCUGACCUCUUGGGUGAAGGCAAGGAGUCUGGGGAAAUCAACACAGCUCAGUCUCUGGUGUUCACUGCCCUACAGGUGUGUCUAUGCACCCUAGUGCGGCACAAGCCCCGCCUUGCUCCCCAGGUAGUGGCCUCAGCACCCUCCCUGCUUGCACCUCCUCGCCACCAUACCAAACCCCACCAGCUGGACUCCCUGCUGGCCUCUACUGUAACUCUCCUUACAGCUCUACCUGAUUUAUGCUCUCCAGCAGGUGGUGUGGCCAUUCUUCCAACUGUGCUGUAUCUCCUGACUGGUGUUUUGAGAGAAUGUGGCAGCAAGAACAGUCCCUCACCAAACACUAGCAGCACUCCGACUCUCACUAGUGUUGUUUUAGAUGCACUAGCAAACCUAGCAAGGCAUCCUUAUGCUCGAGAUCCAAGGUCCAAGGAUCAGUGGUGCAGCUUACUCCAGUCUGCUCUUGCCAGUAUUAUUGACCUAAGUAAAACAUGUGAAGAGGAGCGCAUCACAGAUGAAGUAGUGGUGCUGCAGGGCAUUGCUCAGCUCAUCCUUCAUGCCCCUCCCUCUGUCAGCAGACCACACAACCUCCAGUAUCCUGCCAUUAACUUAUUCAAAAUGGCAACACAACACCAACAUUUCAGUGUACGUAUUCAGUGCAUUCAGACACUGGAAUCCAUCUUCAGCCACACAGACAGUGAAAUAUCAACUCCUUAUAUUCAUGCGCUGGCACCUCGCAUCCUUGAGUACCUGCAUGAGACACACACCAGCAUCUCCACCCAAGCUGAACUACAGCUUAUCACAGAGAGCCUCAGUGCAAUGGAACUUCUCAUUCCAAGAACAUUAGCUGAACACAGAAGUGAAUUGGUGGGAGUGCUGGUGGGUCUGAUGGUGGGGGCGCUGCAGGACACAAACCGCCUCAGCAGUGUGAACCAGCCCACCAGACAGCUCCACCAGUAUGCCUUGGGGAGGCUGCAAAAAAUUGGACCACAGUAUCCACAGGAAUUCCGCACUGUUCUGACCAGCAAGCCAGAGCUACGCCUCAGGUUGGAGGGAGCACUGAAGGGACAGCAGGAGGCAAAGAGCAAAGUGGAUGCCUCUCUGGCCCAAGAUUCUGUGCAGCACCAGCCAACCAUCAAGCUAAAAAGAGAUUUCUCAAAUUUUGCAUCAAAGACGUAGGCCAGGUUCCAUUUUCCUGUCUGCAUAAUACUUGCAUAACACUUGGAGAAAACAGAUUAAGAAAAUGAACUCCCUAUUACAUUUUAGACUAUUACUCAUCUGUAAACAUAUACUCCAAGUGUAUAUGCAUCUAACACUGAUAUAGUGUUAGACUGACAAUUGAACAACUGAAGAACUGCAAAGGACCAAGCACGUGAUAGGCCUCUCUGAGUUUUGAGUUACGAUUUAUAUUCAUGUGUAUAUCCUUUUUUUUUCUUUCAAGACAUACUUAUGAUAGGUAGAGAGGCUUUGCAGAGUUUUUGUUUACAGUUUAGGUUUAUUUUAUACCAUUACAGAUCAUACUGUUUGUCAUUAAUGCUAUUUAUCUGUGUAUAUCUUUUACUACUGAAUCAGUUCAUCAUGUGAAGAGACUCAUUCAAGAGAGUUGUUUUUUCCAAGAUUAAUGUUCAUCUUAUAAUCAUAGAUCUUCAUGUUUUCAGGAGUUUAAAUGUUAUCCAGUCUUUUCAAAAUCCCACAGUCUAUUAUUGUUCCACAUGCAAACUAUGAAGAAAUAUUUCACAUGGAAGCAGUACACCCAUUACAAAUUACCUUGUAGUUGGGGAGUAAUGUUUCAGUGAGUGUGGGUAGGCAGGACCUUCCCCUUCUUGUUGACUGGUGGGUUGAACCUUGCUGUGUGAAUCAUCUCCUUUAUCAUGAUUCAGUGAGUUAUUCAUAUGUAAAUAUGUACUGUAUAUUGUUUAGUUUUAUUGAUUUCAAAGGUAAAGGGAAGGUUAUAAGUUCCUUUAGCAGCUUAUUUUUAGUAAAGAAAACCUACCUAGAAAAUUACUUAGAAAAUGGUAUAUCCUAUUAUCUAAUUUAUCCAAAUGCAAGAAGCUUAUUUAAAUACAUUAUUACAUUAGUAGUGUUAGCUAAUUAUAUUGGUAAAUGUUUGUUAAGUCCAAUUUUUCUUUACAUUUUACUUGUCAUUAUUAUUAUUAUUCUUACUAAUAUUAUAACAAUAGUAAUUAUUAUUACUAUUAUUAUUAUUAUUAUUAUUAUUAUUAUUAUUAUUAUUAUUAUUAUUAUUAUUAUUAUUAUUGCUGUUACUACUACUACUACUACUACUACUACUACUACUACUACUACUACUACUACUACUACUACUACUACUACUACUACUACUACAUUUACUUCUACUACUACUACUACUACUACUACUACUACUACUACUACUACUACUACUACUACUACUACUACUACUACUACUACUACUACUACUGCUAUUAUUAUUAUUAUUAUUAUUAUUAUCAUUAUUAUUAUUAUUAUUAUUAUUAUUAUUAUUAUUAUUAUUAUUAUUAUUAUUAUUAAUAUUAUUAUUAUUAUUAUUAUUAUUAUGGUCACUCAGCAAUCCGUCACAUUUAUAGGCAUUAGGUAAAAGGGGUGUCAGUUUACCAGUGUUGGAUAGGUAUUUCAUAUGGUGCAGAUAUUUAUUUUAUGUAUUAGCACCUGAAGGCAUAUUUAGUGUGAUAUGAAAUUUUUUUACUUCAUUCUGUCAGUGAAUUAUAUGAAUAUUUGAGUAUGAGUCCAAGAACUUGGGAGUUAAUAGUCAGACUAAAAGAUUCCUGAUUGAUAUAAGAGACUUAGUAUAUAUAUAUAUAUAUAUAUGUAUGAGAGUUGUUUAUAGUGUAAAUAUGAAAAAAAAAAUAUAGUCCAAUAGGAAGAAAAAAGGAAGAAGCUAUGAUAAAUAUUGUUCAGAAUUAUAAGGAAGCAAUUAAGUACAAUGGUGUUGCUUAUGUCAUGCCAUUGACAUGUUGAUAUUAGGGUACACAAAGUUUAUUAGGGCAAGUUAUAGGAUUCCCAUAAACCAUUGAUCUUGUUAUGGCUUUAUGUAUGUUAUGUGUGUAUGUGUUUGAUUUUAUGCUUUAUGUUGUGUUAUCAUAAAGAAAUGUCACUGUAGAGAUUCACAGAGUAAGUCUCCUUGAGAAGUCAUAUUUCCUUCAUUCUGAACUGCCAGAAUGACCUGAAUCUUAACUCUUUGUAGGUGCAGACUUCCAGUGCAUCACAGUAACUAAGUAGGUGUGCUCUGUAUAAUUGUUGAUAAUCAUAAGAACAUAAGUAAAUAAGGAGACAACAAAAGGCCACUGGAACAACACAAGGCAGCUCCAGAACACUGAAAACUUACUAUCUGCUAUCACUGUAUGUACUCGUAAAUUUAUCAGAUCAUCUCUUGGAGCUGUUUGAUAUCUGUGCACUUGCAAGUACCACAUUUGUUCUACUCAUUUACAGCCCUGUUUGUGAGUCGGUUUUUGGUUAUCUCCCAGAUAAAAGAACCAGAUCUUGUCAAAAGUGUCAUUAUUGAAGUUAGAUUUGUUGAGCUUCAGUUGAUCUCUGUUUCCACCUUCUGUAACUUUUGUUUUUUUUAAUCAAGUUUCAUAGUGUCAGGUACAUUGUCAUAAGGUAUAGCAGAGCUUACAUAUAUAAUAUGCAUAUGUGGAAAAAGUAAUUUUUUCGUCACAUGAGUAAGUUGUUGCGAAGAUUUGUAUCGUAUAUUAAAGUUGCUUGAUCAUACAUUUCUUGCACAAUAAAUGAAAGUCGUGUGUGUUUAUCUUGAGUAGUGUUUGGUUCACAUACUAUACCACAUCUUCAGAAGUACCUAGAGUGUAAUUGUGAUAAGCCAGACAGAUGCUAAGUUAAAGUGAGCAUUUUUACUCUUAAAGAUGCUUGCAAGAAGUUCUGUUCUUGCUUAUUUUAACCUAACACCAGUCUGGUUCAGUACAUCAUGGUGCGUAAUUACUUUACAAUCUGCUGAACAUCCUUUUAGUAUGAAGUCUGACCUUCCAUGAGUUAAGCUUGAGUCAGCUUUGACAGUGUGGAUCAUGAGAUGUGUUAUGAUGACUUGUUGAUGGGACAAAUAAGGAAACUGUACAUUCAAGAAGAGGUUCAGGUAUUUUAUAUAAUGAUUAUGUUGUUUUUAUUGUUUUUAUCAGUAUAAAUGGUAGAGUUUUUAUGCACUGUCUUGAGUUACCACAUUGAUUUAUUUUAAGAAUUUCACCACUGAGAUCUGUAAAUUGAAAAUGCAUUGUCAUCAGUAAUAUGCAGCUUAUAGUUGACAUGUACUUACUUUCAGAACUAAGUAAAUAUAUUAAUCCUUUUUCUCAUGAUUUUAGAAUGAAUUUUUGAAUAUUUUUAUUACCAUUCUAUUUUUAUUACUAUGUUCAUCAUUAGGGAAAAAUGCUGCUCUCAUAACUUUGCACAUUGUUCCAAUCAUUAAUUUUCUUCCAUUCUUGUCUUAGGUUAUCUUUGCCCUCAUGUCCAUUCAUCUUACUGUAGGAUACAUUACAAACUGUCCAUUUUAUUCACAUUUUUAUAGAACCAUACCAGGAUUUUGAGCUUAAUUAUGAAAGCUGAAUGUCUUUCUUCCAGCUAAGAAUAGAGUAUGUACUUCACCAUAUUGUAAUAUGUUAAAAAGAACUUAAUUUGUGAAAUUUGUAUUUGCACUUACUUUUGCUUCAAGCUUUAUUGCCUAGGUAUUUAGUUCUAUAUAGAAAGUUAAGCAGAUAUGCCCUGUUAAGGAGCUGAAUUUCUUUGAAAAUGGAUGUCAGGUUGAUUAUUUUUAUCUGAUAUCGAUUGGCACAUUCAAAUAUGUUCCUUUGACAAGAUGAAGUGGGAGAAACAGACACAGGACACAGGUGGCAGGCAAUCUAUUUAAGAGGUAGAGAAAAUACAGGCUUAGUUAAGGACAAGCUGAGGCCAACUGAGUUGAAAGGCAGUUCUCAGAGCUUAUGUAGGGUUGAGUCAAGACUGUAGACAAAUCUGAAACAUGCUUACAAGAGACAGCAUCCAUGACAGACUGCUUCCUCUCUGCUUUGGAGGGAACUAUGAGCCUCAUGUUCCUUCUACUUUCUCCUGGAUUGCAGUGGUGUAGGCUGUUGCUUGUAGAAACUUUUCAAUUUUACCAUGGGGAAGUAGUAGCAAAGUUCCCCUGUUGCAUCCUCAAGACACUGACUAACAUGUGAGCCUGUAUAGGAAUACAGAUCAAAAUCAAGGCUGUGGAAAUGAGCAGAUGGGCUGAUGUAAUCUUCACACUUUUACUUAAAGAGUUAUGAAGGGUUUUCCUUCUUUAAAAGUUUGUUCAAUUUGUGUCUACUAUGUCCUUGAGGCAGAGGACACCUUAAUAGCACUUCUUGCUUGUAAUGGGGAGUGAGAGGAGAGAUGCAGCAAACAAGCAGUGUAUUCCCUGGAUAUUAGAGACUAAUGAGGAUCUGCUGCAUUUUCAAGUCAAACAUUCCUAAGAUGUCAGGAUUUUUCCAUCUAACAUAGAAGCAUCUACUGGGGUCUGUGUAAAUGACCCUUUAAGUCAUAACCUCCAGAUGGCUUUGUAUUUAGGGCGUCAGUCAUGGUAUCCCAUUGUUGCUUCUCUGGAGACCCUGCAUUACUUCAUUAUAGCAAUGGCUGCAGGUCUUGUUCAUUCCCAUAAAACCUGUAGUUUUCAACCCUUAGUAAGUUGUUGGCAGCAGCACCAGCAGUAGCUUCUUCCUGAGACAUCACUACACUGGCGCUGUGCUCUGUCAUGCCUCUGUCUGCUGACUGUGGUCCUUAUCUGUAGGCAGCUUGGGUUCUCCCACGCUUCUACAAUGAAAUUAAAACUUGAUUGUGGAAAUGUCACUUAAAUCUGGUAUGCUUUGUUACUUAAACUAGUCAUUGUAGCUCGAGAACUUUUCUCCCAAAAAUUAUAUUUCGAUGAAAUAUUUGUUAUGACACCUUGUUGAAUAUCGCACUUUAUAGAGCAAUUUCACAAGAUAGAUUGAUGUUAAUUACUGUGUAUGGAGUAAAAGGCAUAUAUGAUCUUAUUUUAUGUUAGGUAUGGAACUCUAUAGCAAUAAAUUCUAGUUACUGCA